CCAAAGUCACAUACGCUGUGUUUCCUCACGAGUCCUUAACGUCGGACACCUGAGGGCAAUGCAUGGCGCCGGCCAGUCAUAUGUAAGAAAAACAGAGCUGUGGCGAUCAAACAUGUGGGUCGCAAAACGCCUCUUAUCCUCCGUAUUCCUCAAAGGACAUUACAGUCUGUUCUGUCGCCCUCCGAGCUCCUUGCCUGAAUAUGAGCUCAGAUUCUUGCACUGCACCUGUUGCAGAAGGAGCAAAAUCAUGAUCUCUGGGCUUGACAUCCUGAAUGCAUCUGUUUCCUCUGAAUUAUGCCAAGAAAAGGACAAACCCCUGGACUCAUGUUAUACCGCAGAGCAGCGUGCUGUCAUCCUCCAGUGCCUCAAUACAUCCACAGAGUCAGAACUGGAACAGGUCAAACUGCUACGAGGACGGAAAGCUGUUAACAUUGUCAAAUACAGAACCGCACAUGGACCAUUCAACAGUCUGGAGAGUGUUAUGAAUGUGCCCUUACUGAAACACAAGAGUGCUGUCAUAGUCUUUGCCUCCAUCCUUAAACCAACUGACAAGAAGGAGAGGAAAAAGGGAAAAGUCCAUCUGGCUAAAUUCAUAAGGCCUGAGAUUGACCGAGCUCUAUUGGAGGAUGCAAGCUCUAUCAUGUCCAUUGUUUGUGGUACUAAUAAAAUUGCAUGGACACACAUGGAUCGUGCAAGAACUGUCUUAGACUGGCAGCAAGCAGAGUGCAAGAGUUUUAUGAAAGGAAUGUACAUGGCAUCCGAUUAUUUGGAAGAUAUCUCAACUGUUAUUUCAAGCUUCCCUCCAGCCGACUUUUUUUUGGUGGAGAAACCAAGUAUCUCUCCCCAGAAUACUUCUCUUUAUCCGGUCUUGGUCCAUCUCCGGACAGUAGAGGCAAUGCUAUUUGCUUUACUCACUCCAGCAAGGGAACCAGGAAGCCCCCCAAAAGUCCUUAACAUGAUGCGCACAGCUGUCGGCCGCCAUUUCAACCUAAUAGUGGGAGAUUGUCGGACAAGUGGAGCUGAGAGAGUUCGGAAGAUGAUGACGGAGUCGGUGAUGAAGCAAGACCCACGUGUUCUUUUUCCUCAUGACUUGGUGUUAAAGCACAGAAACUCUUUUCAGAUGAGCAGUAGGAACAGAGGGGAAGAGCUAUGUGACGCUCUCCUGCAAGCUGUUGCGUUUUUUGAACUCCUGCGGGAGUGAAUCGCUACUGAAUGACUAUUUCUCAUUUGUUUGACGUUGGAGCUCCUCCCUUCCACUGAGUAAAACUUUAUGCAAUGCUUCCUCUGAAACAAAGACUACAUAUUAAAGUUAAUUUAAGUUGCUUGAACCUGACACGGGAUUUUAUUAUUACUAUUUUUUUUAUUUCUUUAAGUGUUAAACUAGAACCUAUUUAGUGUUGACGAGAAACUUUAUACAUUUAAAGGUUAAAUAUUAUUAAAUAAAAUCUACAGUAACGCACAUGAUUAUAGCAAUGUUAAAGGGGGAUGUUUCCCCCCAAAGUGAAAAUUCUGUCAUCAUUUACUCACCCUCAAAUUGUU